AUGGAGACGAACAUCAAGAAGUUGUUAAAGCUCGCUCAGAAGUAUCGGAAGGAAACCGCUGAAGAAAAGAAGGCGGUGGAGGAAAGACCUGAAGAGAAAGAGGAAGUAAAGCCAAAGCCAGCAAGGAAAGAGAGAGCGAAGUCAGCACCGAGACCGAGACCGAGACCAAAAGGGAGAGUAGAAGCAUUAUACGAUGAUGAGGAAGAAAAGGAACAGAGGCAAGAGACGCAAGGUACCCCCGUUCAAGCGAAUGCUGGAGAUACGAUUUCCAUCACCCUACCUGAGAACAGCAUCGUGAACCUGGAUGCGUUCACGCUGUACGCCAACCUCAACACUGCUGCUGGAACGUGCCCGCCAAGGCAUGCCGAGUCUUUGAUCGACCAGAUCACGGUGCUUGUUAAUGGUAUUCAAGUGGGUCCUGGUUCUCAGAUGACCAACUACCUUUCGACUGCUCUUAUCGACUGGUAUGGUGCUGACAAGACGGCUCAGAGGCAGGUUAUGCAGUUGGGUGGUGAUGUAACGGCUCCUACUUCAGCCACAGUACCCGCUGCUGUGACGAGUCCUAACGGCAAGAAGAUCGCAAUCUCCCAUUUCCUUGGCUUCUUAUCUAGUGCUCAACCCAGGUAUUUGGAUACCUCCAUCCUUGGACAAACCAACGUGAGCGGAUUUACCUGUCUAACGGGUACGACUGCUGCCCAGCGUGGUGAAAAGCUCAUUGUCAACGUUCCGCCCGUGGAGAAGCGCUGGAACACCCAAAUCUGA